GAUGUGACACAUUUGUACCUAGAUAGGAGCAGCAAACACAUCUUCUGAAGUCAUCAGAUAAUACAUGCAUUCUCUAUAGUAAACAUCUUAGACAAUGUGUAAGAACUUAUUUUUAAACUCUUUUUGUUCUACUUUUAAACCAUUAUAUACUUUUUCCAGCAAGUAUUUUUCAAGAGCUCUUAAUUUUGUAAAGUAGAUGAUGUAGAUGAUCCAAUAGAAGCCUAAGACUUGGUCCUCUUCCCCCAACUUGCCAUCCAUCCAUCCAUCCCUAGAAAGUAACGAUGCACAAGACAGUAUAAAAGAAGAAAUACAAGCAUUUACCGUGUAGAGUCUCAGAAAGUAAGGACGGACUGCAGUAGAGUAUGAACAGGUCUCAAGGAGGUGGACCUCAGCAGGCCAGGAGGGUGAAGUAGGCUGGAUGGACCGAGGAAGGGCCUGUUCUCUCUAGGCGAGAGGGGAGAUAGGAGCCAAAGUGUGACAGACUGGAGAAUGUUGUGUGCUGGGUACCGGAGUUAGAGGGUACAUUAAAUAGGCUGCGGCCAGUUGUCAGGGCAGAAAGAGGACAGAUUAUGGGGAGCUGGUGUGGAGUUUUAUAUUCGAUGCAGCUGACUGUGGAGAAACACUGAGUUCUUGAUCAGAGGAGUGGUGGGAAGAUGUAGUCUCUCUCCAUGGAGAUCACAGAACUUUAGAAGUAAAGGGAUUUUGAAAACAUCUUAUUCAACAUCUUCUUGUUUCCUGAAGCCAGGGAACUGAAAUAACUUACUCAGAGUCACCCAUUAGAAAAUAGCAGAUCUGAUUCUCAAACACAUCAUUUCUUCCAAGGCCAGCGAUCUUUCCUUCAUUUCACCCUCCUCCAGAAUAUAGGCAGAGAAAGGAGUGAGGGAGACCAGAUGGGCAACAAUUAUGAAGUCCACACUUGAGGCAAUGAACACCACAAUCAGAGGCGUUGCUGAGGAAAGUCGACUGAAAGGGCAAAUAAGAAGCACCCUAGUGAGAAAAAGUCAGAACCUGAUUCACCUGUUGGGAGUUUUGCUAGCCAUUUUAGGAAAUUUGGUAAUGAGUAUUUCCCUAAAUAUUCAGAAAUAUUCUCAUGUCCAAUUGGCGCACCAGGAACACCCAAGGCCCUACUUCAAGAGCGCGUUGUGGUGGGUUGGGGCUGCCCUCAUGGCUGUGGGCGAGAUGGGCAACUUCGCCGCCUACGGAUUUGCUCCCAUUACUCUCAUCGCCCCAUUAGGCUGUAUGUCUGUCACAGGUAGCGCCAUUAUUUCUGUUAUGUUUCUGAAAGAAAACUUAAGAGCUUCAGAUUUACUAGGUAUGACAUUGGCAUUUGCGGGAACAUAUUUAUUGGUGAACUUUGCUCCAGAUAGAAAUCAGUCUAUCUCUGCAAGAACAGUCCAGUAUUACUUUGUUGGCUGGCAGUUCCUGAUCUAUGUGAUUUUAGAAAUAUUAAUUUUCUGCACUCUGCUGUAUUUCCAUAAGAGAAAGGGAAUGAAGCACAUGGUGAUUCUGCUAACCCUGGUGGCACUUCUAGCCUCGCUGACUGUUAUUUCGGUAAAAGCCGUCUCCGGCAUGAUCACUUUUUCUGUGACGGAGAAAAUGCAGCUAACUUACCCCAUCUUCUAUAUCAUGUUUAUCAUCAUGAUCGCGUCUUGUGUUUUCCAAGUCAAGUUCCUGAGUCAAGCCACGAAGCUCUACGACACAACGAUGGUGGUGCCGGUCAACCAUCUUUUCUUUACGACCAGUGCCAUUACUGCAGGUAUCAUAUUUUAUCAGGAGUUCCAUGGUGCAGCUUUUCUAACUGUAUUUAUAUAUAUUUUUGGGUGUUUUCUAUCAUUCCUCGGUGUGUUUUUGGUCACAAGAAAUCGAGAAAAGGAGCAUCUGCCGCAGUCCUACAUUGAUUUUGGAAAUAUUCCGGGGAAACAAAUGUUGGACAAAAUACAGCCAGAUUCAAAUGGCUUAUCCUACGGAACCCUGCCUGAUGGAAGUGACUCAACAAAGAGCCAAAGUGGAGAGAAGAAAGAGGUCUGAGCUGCUGAGAGGGAUGCCACUGGCCUGUUAUUCGAUCCCACCUUUAAAAACCCUCCCCUUGUGUCCCAGCUAGGUCGCACUGAUGUGCACAAGCAUCACCAUCUCCGGGCCCUCGACCCCACCUCCGUCUGCACGGACAGCUGGGGCCUUCCUAAGCUUUGACAGUCUCAUGUCUUCACAGAAGGGGAUUUGAAGUGUUCCCACAUUCUGGAUGCCCCACCUCGUGAACAUCGACCCAGCUAGAUCUUAAUUAGAGCCUGGCUUCCUGAGCAGGACCGUCACACAAAAAUGUGCGUUCACGACUUGGCUACAGAACACGCACAGGCUGCUUUUCCCACACGACUUCGAGCGUCGGCUGCUUGGCUUUAAAGAGUCACGUUCAUCCCCCAACCUCGCUCCAGUACCAAAGGUUUGAGAGGAUCCGUUUCUCCUGCGACAUCUUUUAUGAGUCUUCGCCGUAAGGAUCUCACCUUUCUAGUCCUGAGUUAGAACGGUGAAUCAUCUUUUUCUGUUCUAACUGCUCUUUGAAAAUUAAGACUAUCUUUAAAAUGAGAGUCUGUAAGUGGCCUUCCGUGAUGUGUAUAUCUUGACUGGUGGACUUUUUCAAAUGAAGAAAGGAACAGUUUAAGAAUUAAGACCAGUUUUUCAAAAAAUAUAGAAUGAUGAGCAUUUUCUUCAGCUACAUGAUCUGAUCAUACUUGAAUUGAGACUGAAAACUUCAUCUCCUAUGCCGGUAUUUCUGUGGGUCUUAUGACUUACCUAGGAGGUUUAUUGUAUAUUUUAACUCUUGACACAAGUCUCAAAAAUUGUAUUUAAGUUCUAAGUGUUAUUUUCACGAGCACACCAUUUCCUCCCCCAAGUUAUUAUCCCAAGCUUUAUAAAUUCUUCUCGGCAAGAGUACAGCCAUGAGUAGAGAAUUGGAUUUUAGCCAUUUAAGUCUGUAGAUGUAGCCAGAUGGCCCAACCUGCGUCUAGAGAGGAAGGCCAUGUGCUCCUGGACCUGAAUGGCUUUUCUUCUGUGACUGGUCACUUACCUACCAAGAUUCAUUUGCAGAUAGAGUUCAUAAUCCUAUAUGUUAGUUAUGAUCUACUAAUAUAUUUAAAUGACAAGAAAAGAGCUAGCCUUUACGGUAAACAACAUCAAGUCAGAAGCCCUAUCCUUAAAGACAUGUCAAAAGCUUCCCCUCACUUCUGAUGUGCCAGUCCAAGGCUCUUCCAACCAGCUGUCUUGCAUUUGUGAAGGUUGUAUAACUCAGAGCUAUUGAGACUGUAAUCUUAACUGCUUUGGGUCUUUGAGCGUUGUUCUUUGUCAUAACCUAUAGUGCUGGCCAAACUGAACCACAAAGGCGAGAUUUGAAUCCAUCGCCAAUGUAUGAAUAAUAACCUAGAGCCCAUGUCUGGCUUUUGAACUCCACUAUUGUGGAAUGUAUCCCCUAAUUCAAAUAAAGCAGUCCUAUAAUGUAUGGCAUGUUUUACUGAAUUGGUCCAACAUGUUGGCACCGUAAGGCUCUGCUAAGAAAUGCGUCUGGUGUCUUAAACUGCAGAUUUUUGAUGACUCUCAAAACUGGUUUCAAAGAUGGCAAAAAUAUUUAGACUAAAGAGUUUCACUUGAAGUAGGACUACACUUAUAGCUACAGCACGUGGUUUUGAGCAUUGUAGAAUUUUGUGCAGACACAAGCGUGAUGCCAAUAUUUUAGUAGUUGCCAACAUCUGCAUCUUUUAAAAAGUUUUGAGAAAUGACAUCGACUUACACACUUUUAAGCAAUCCAGCAGUGUUUUAGAAGUCCAGGCAACAUAUAAAAUACAUUGAGACCUAAUUUUACUUUCCAUACUGUUUCUUCAAAGCAAGAUGAAGAGGAGUUUUAGUUGUACUAGCUCGUAAGAUUUUUUUAAAUUACAAAGUGCAUGACAACCACCAAAGCCAACCCCGUACUUCUCUUGGCAUUGUGAAUUGGGGACCUUUAGCCAACAACUUGACUCAUUGGACUAUUUGUCUAGACGAGGGGUCUGCAAAAUUUUCCUGUAAAGACACACAAAAUAAAUAUUUUUAGGUUUAUUGGCCAGUGUUGCCUGUCACAACUACUCAACUCUGCCAUUCUAGCAUGAAAGCCAACACGGCUGAUAUGUAAACGAAUGAGCAUGGCUGUAGGCCAGUAAAGUUUUAUUUACAAAAACAGGUGGUCAGCCUUAGGACUGUAAUGUGCCAAUCCCUGAUCUAGAUUCCUUUGCUCUUGCCAUGCAAUUUUGUUCUUGCUCCUUGGGCAUUCAGGAGUUGAAAAGGUGACACUUCAUGAUUCAUGACAAACAAGGAUGCUAUAGGAUUGUGGAGCUGUGUCUUGAUAUUUACAUUAGGAUCUUGUUGUUUACAUAAGAUACAGAUGGAAGUGAUGAGCUUGUUUCUCUUGUAAACAAUAGUUCAGAGGUACCUGGGUGUCUCAAUCGGUUAGGUGUCUGCCUUUGGCUCCGGGCAUGAUCCCAGGGUCCUGGGAUGGAGCCCCAUGUCGGGCUCCCUGCUCAGCGGAUGGGGAAGCCCGCUUCUCCAUCUUCUCCCUGCUCAUGCUCUCUCUCAAACAAAUAAAUCUUUAAAAAAAAAAAAAAAAAAAAAAGCAGUGAUUCUUUUCUGAGCACCCUUGCCUAUAUUGGAAGAGCUUUUCCAAUCCCACAUUGCAAGUUGAUAAUAGCUUCGGAAGUGAGUACUAAUGACCUCUCAUUAAAGCAGAGGACUUUACUACCCAAUUGUUUUCAGUUUAAGUGUUUGCUUGUUCUAUACCCAUAAUACUUUCACUACCAGAAUCACUUGGAGAAAAAAAAAACACAAUAAAAACUUCUCAAGCGGUGA